ACACAUCCUAAAAUUAUUUCCAGUUUAUCUCGGACGAAAUCGAUAAAAAAAUUCUCGGUGCCAUGGCGGUACGAUAACUGAUAACCACGCUCUCGAUUUCUUAUCAAUUAUUAAGGUGACGAUUUAGUUAGAAUAACAAUAUUCCGUGACUGUUGUGAUGGUGUCCGUAGUUGCAUUUUCUCGCUGCGAUAGUUUUAAAUCGGUCAAGUUUAGCGGUCGCGUGAUAACGUACGAAACGCGCGGUUUGCCAAAAUCAACGUGACGAUGUUGUAACACGUGUGUAAAUAUCAUCGUCGCGAUCGUAUGUAUAAAAUGCUAACCACUUGGUUUGCAUUUACGGUUUCUUGCGCGGUUUGGGUCAACGGACAGAACGCUGACGGUAAUGCAUUGAACGACUCUUCGUUGAGUAGUGGCAAGUCCGGAAGUGAGACCAGAUUGACUGGUUAUGAAUCGAAGAUUUCGCCUUACGAAUGGGAUCCGCAAGUGCAUGGAUUUAAUAGAACAAAGGUCAGUUCGGGCCCGAUAGUAAUAAUAGACAACAAAACUUUAUUUAUAACCAAUUUGAAAUAUAACGGAGCGGAGGCUUCGCUGAAGUUUUGGGCUGGCACGGAUGGACCAAAUCGCUUCGUAGCUGACGCAGACAUUAUUGCGAAUAACACAAAUGUUUACGUCAAUUUUCCCGAAGACUUAGGAGUCGAUUCGAUCGAAUACUUAGGAAUAGGACCUACCGCGGCGGGCAUAUUCGACUACGUCACUUUUUACGAACUCGAGCGUGGCUCAGUAAAGCCGCACAAUGACUCACCAUCAUCCUUAGACGAAAAACCAAUCUACCGAAUACCAAAGUGCUGUGAUCACAGUCAGGUUUUAUCUGAUUCAGAAUGCGUACAAUGGCUGCAGCCAAUAACGUUUAAUAUUACUAUUUACUACAGCAAUGCCACAGGGCUCGAUCCGGAUCUGAAACUAGAUCCGUCACAGUACCAACUUAGACCGUACGUCGACAAUUUAUCCAACUGUUUUCAACCAGAUCGUUUUAUUUUAUACUAUUUGGACGACGAAAAAGACGAAUAUGGCUUGAUAUACAAUUCGUCUCUGAUAAUAAAAGGGGAGUCUAUCAAGCAUCAUGGGCAAUUUUGUAUAGACCAGAAUACUGAGGGCCAAACUCGCGUUGUGGUCUGCGAUGAAUUGGCUCCCAUAGAGGAAGUUAGUCCGAAUCCAAACAUAUAUUUACCGGUGUUAAUAGCAUCCAUCAUUUGCUUCGGGGCAUGCGCGGCUAUUUACUUUUUGAUUUUAAAAGUUCGAGACAUUCACAAGAGGUGCCUCAUUUUUUACUCCACUUCGAUGUGCGUCACCUUCUUGGCGCUGGUGCUUAUACAAGUCCAGAGUAACAUGGUGGCGUGUUACCUUUUUGGUUCUGUGUUUCUUUUUUCUACAGUAUUGUCGUUCAUAUGGUUGAGCCUAUUAUGUCUCGAUUUGUUGUACAUUGUCAAGGUUUGCAUAGAAAAUAACAGGAACGAUCAAAGAUUCCGCUGGUACGUCGGAUUUUCACUUGGAAUUUCGACUUUGGUGUUGAUGAUAUCGCUGUUAUCAGGAGAGCUCGGAAUCCCUGACGUUCCACCGUCGUUUCUAAAAUCCUAUGGUCAACACAAAUGCAGUUUUGAGACAACCACUUCGAGGAUAUUUAUAUUCUUUGUACCGAUGGGUCUAUCUAUUGUGGCCAGCAUCGUUCCUCUGGUAUUACUGAACCACUAUUUUCAAGUAAACGACGCUAAAUACCGAAACAUAUUCGACUGGCUCGAAAACAAAUACCAUUACAAAUUCAUGUCGCGCGCUUACAUAAUAAUUAUAAUAAUCUCCUGCUUUUGGGUGGUGAACGCCGCAUACAACUUCUUCACCAUGAACGGUAUGACGCAGUUGGCGCUAGACGUGAUAGAGGCCUCCUUAGGCAUAGUGAACUUGAGUUGCUUCCUGAAUAAAUAUACCGUGAGGGAAAUAAAGGAGAAAUUGUUUAAAAAAACCAAGAAAAUCACGGAAGAAAGUUUGGACCUCAAUGGCUUCAGGACUCCCGUGACACCGAGAACCCCGGCUUCGGAGGACAGUGAACCAAUGUUUCCUAUAAACUUAGUUAACAACAACGCCAACAGAUGA